AGGUAUUUAGGAUAAGGAACCCUGUAUUCCUAUUGUUUCUGCUAGCAUAUCUGCAUAGGGCUGGAUAGUAGUCUUAUCUGAACUUGUGCGCAUUUCACUGCUGAAACCGUUGCCACUCUACAAAAGUGGUGUGAUCCGCGUUCGUUUUCUUUGUAUCAUUUUUCGCGAAGACCUACCCUUGUAUACCUUUUAUAUAUAACUUUUGUCCAUGUCUUUUACUACAUCACAUCCAGAGACAGGGGGGUUUAUACAGCCGUCUCUUUCCUCUCCAGCUCCCUCGACAUCCACCGCUACUCCAUCCAUUCUCCCCAGACCAAGACUGCACCCCCUCAAGGCAGGUUCAACAAAAGAAACCACUGUCAUCAAUCACGUUGACAAGAAAAUUAUGAUCAUUAAUCGCCGACACGCCAAGAAGUUCAGCAGUGCAUUUGAUGACCAAGCCCAGCAGGAGUCGGAAAGGGGAUAUGAGAGCUUCAAGGAAGUAGCCAAAGAUAUUGAGGGUUUGGUCGAUGUUCUUUGGGUGACUGGGACCCCAUCUCUUCAAAUACCAUAUUUGAUCUCUUUGGCGGUGUGUAUUAACACAUACCUCCCUGAAUACCCCUUUUCUCCGAAGGCGACUUUCCGUCUACUUAAGAAGCUGGAUUCCGUAUUUGCAUCUCUCCUAACAGGAGAGGACGCCGACUCUGGGCUUCCCCUGCCAGGCUUCGAAUCAAGACGCAAUGUUGUGUCCAUGACGGAGAAAGUCAGAAUUAAAAGUAUUGCCGAAACUUGCCGUGUAGCUGUUGUGGAGGCCAGAGAGCAAGUUGAUGGUCCUGACGAUGAAGAUGAAGAUGGCUUCAGUGACGAUGAUGAUGAUAUGGAUGAUGUCUUCGGUACGGAUGACUAUGCAGCCCCCGGAAGGUGGGAGAUGGAGACCGCAAGAGUUUACGAGAAGACGAUUCAACUCCUUGGAGAUGAGUUGGGGAAAGCGGGAGAAUUCUGUGACACGAAUCUGGCUCCUGGAGAUGCUUGCCAGGCUGAGCCGAGUGAAUGAGGCGUUAUGAUUCUAACAAUAAUAACAUGCCACCCAAACAACAUUCGGCUCUGGCUGAGUGAUUGACGACUCCAUAAUAUGGCAGAUGCGGCUUCCUUGUUGGAUGACAUGUGAGGAGUGAAAGCAUUUGGUGAUCUGCAGAGCUUUCUUCCUUCCUUUCUACUGCAUGCAAACAACUAUGCGUUGUAUCU